AUGGCAGUUAACAAUAUAUACCAAUUUUCAAUUCUCGGCGCUCUCAUGGACGGUAUCUGUCAAACAGGGAUCAGACUUCAGGAUAUUCUUUCACACGGCGAUCACGGUCUUGGCACAGUAUCCAGCUUAAACGGAGAGAUCGUUAUCGUUGAUGGAGAAGCAUAUCACUUUCCUCCCGGCCAGGAGUUACGAAUGGUUGGAGUUUCCGAUGUUAUUCCUUUUGUUAUGGUCACUCGGUUCAGACCAACCGUUGAGAAAACAUUGUCCUCUCUUACUAUGAAUUCGCUUCCACAUGCGUUGGAGCCUCUCCUUCCAUUUCGGCAAAACUGUUUCUUAUCAAUCCGUGUGGAUGGGCAAUUCAAAAACAUCAUGUUUCGCGUGAUGGCAGCACAGUCCAAACCCCGGGAGUCACUUGUCGAUCUAGCCAAGGAGCAAAAGGUUGUGACUUCCAGCAGUAUUGAGGGCAUAUUGUUUGGAUUUUGGUCUCCGGCCUUUAGUGGGGGCUUCAGUGUUGCAGGUUUUCACCUCCACUUUUUGUCGAAAGACAAAUCACAAGGUGGCCAUGUCCUAGGGUUUGACGCAAGCCAAGUCAAGCUUCAAGCGGCCAUUAUUGCUGAAUAUUCCGUGGAACUGCCUCAAAGCGAAGAAUUCAACGAAGAACCUAUUAAAAGCUCACAGGAUGCAGAGCUUCAUUCUGUUGAAGGGUGUUGA